UUAUACGCUUCACACGGCAAUCACUUGGCCAGUCACACGCAGAGCUAAAUUGUUGUGCACGCAGCAGUGAAGAGCAGCGAAAACGUUUAUGUAGAAAAUAUUUGUGUACAGUGAAAAUAGUGAGCGUUUAAUUAAUUAAUAACAAUAUAGUGAAAUACUACUAAAACAAAUAAAUCGCACGAAAUGGCCACACGCAUUAUGCAUUUGCCGACACACGGUCUCCGCCGCCUCGUGAAACCAAGCGCGCUCGCACGCAACUACACCGCCAGCGCCGGCAGCGCGUCCCCACCACAAUUCACCACACUGAGCGUCGACGAUAAAACCGGCAUCGCUACGCUCACACUCAAUCGGCCGCCGGCCAAUGCGCUCAACGCCGCCUUCAUGGGCGAAGUGGCGCGCUCCAUCAAAGCGACCGAGCAAUCGAAGUGUCGCGGCCUCAUACUCACCUCGUCGUCGGAGCGCAUCUUCUGCGCUGGUCUUGAUCUGAAAGAGUGCUACAAGGCGGAGACGUCGCAAUUGCAGAGCAUUUGGUGCGCUUUGCAGAAUCUCUGGCGCACGAUCUACUCAACGCCGCUCAUCACAGUGGCGCUCAUCAAUGGCCACACGGUGGCGGGUGGCUCGAUGCUAGCGCUGAGCAGUGAAUAUCGCAUUAUGCUGCCGAAUUUCAAGAUUGGCAUCAAUGAAACUAUGGUGGGGCUGGCAGUGCCGCAAUGGUUGAUAGACACCUAUCUCAAUGUUAAUCCCAACAGGCGUGUGGCCGAAUGGGAUCUCACGGCUAGUCGUAUGUACAGCAGUGAAGGCGCGCUGAAGACGGGUUUAGUCGAUGAGUUGGUAGCUAACAAGGAGCAGGCGUUGGAGAGAGCUGUGGCAUUUAUCAAUGGGUAUCCUAAGCAUUCGCUGGUGGCGCGUGCGAUCACCAAGCAGCAGUUUCGGGCGGCAGCUUUGCGGAACUUCGAAGAUAAUCGUCAACAUGAUUUGGAAAUGUUUCUGAGCACCAUACAGAAGCCGGAGGUGCAGUCAAAUCUGGGCGCAUAUUUAGAGAGUCUCAAGAAGAAGGCGUAGACAAUAAUAUUGACCAAAAUUGCCAAAAAGUUAAAACAAAAUUUUGUGUUCAACCCAAAAUUUAGUUGGCAAUUAACAUUUAUAUCGAAAAAUGCGACUGCUUGAUUUAUGUUUUUGAAAGACUUUAUUGUAAUAAAUGAUUUCUGAGAGUAAUAUAUUAAACAUUUAUAUUGAAAAUGUUAAAUAAA